CGCCAUACUAGCGCCGCGGGGAAACAACAACAACAAAAAUGUCGAAAGUAGAAAUAAAACAGUUCGAUUGGCUUUAUCCUGAUCUCAUCCCAAGGAAUGAACUAAUUUCCAUAUUGAAACAGAGAUACAUAAAGACUGAGUCCUUGGAGCUACUUGACAAGGAUGAACUUGUGGAGCUGUACAAUAAAUAUAUUAUACCAUUGCCACAGAGAAAAUACAGGGUUAACCGAAGAGGUCAGGAAAUGUCAAAAAAGCAAGUUAUUGCAUCGAAGAAACGUAGACUUGCUUCUUCUGAUGAAGCAUCAGAUGAUCAACCAAAAAGUAAAAGACGAUCAGCAGGGAACCUACUUACAUCAUUUGACUUACCGUCAUCAGGGACGGGGGACAGACUAAAACCUCCGCCAUCUUGUAUCAAUUUUGAAAAAAAGAAAAUCAAGUUAAAUAAUAGUUCCAAAACUUCAACAGAAACACUCGCUGUGUCAUCAUCGUUAAACAAACUAAAAAUUAAUAAAGCAGAUGAUGUAAAAGAAGGCAGUAUAUCAGUUAAAAAGAUUAAAUUAACAGACAGUAGCAAUAACAAGUUAAAUGAUAGUGUCACAAGCAAGGAAGAUCAGACUUUAAGUGUCACAAGCAAAGAAGAUAAGAUGUUACAGAAGACACACAGCUCAAAUGAUGAUGCACAAGUAGAAGAGAAGCAGAGGAAGAUAACUAAGAUAUCCUGGCCAUAGACAACUGCAAAUCUCUCAGACAGACAUGCAAAACUGUAUCUCCCGAGGUAACAGUAACAGACACAAGCUACUGUUUUAUGUGUGAACCUGUGUAAACAUAACUACUGCAAGAACUGAUUUUGGGCUAGAACAUAGAGUCAAAGACAGUGUAGUAGGGGAAAAAAAUCUUUACACCAGAAAUAUUUUCAGACAAACGUGUGUGAUAUGUGAAAUAAUGAACUUCAAUAAACAACAGCAAGUGACAUUCAAAAUAAAAUAGAUGUGGCACAGUUUGCAUUAUACUGGUUCAAUAUCUGGUUUAUAUCUUUGUUAGAGUUACCUCCCCUGACCAGUAAUUGUCGCUGAUACAGCAGUAUGACAACUAUGUACAUGAUAAAAUACUUUUCAUGCCACUUAACAUGAUAACUAUGGUUACUGGAGAACAAACACCUGCCUUUGUAUUCCAUACACAGGUGGGAUUUAGCUAGUAAUUGUGAUUAAAAUGAAGAGACAGAAUUUAACUAUAAAAAUUGUGAAAUAGACAUCAUAUUGGUGAAACAGUGAUCUCAUUGUGUCAGACUGUGACAAGUGUAUGAAUGACUCUUUUGACUGUUGUUUAUAAAUGCUGCAUGAGUUUCCUAUGUUGCAACCAAAAUGUUGUGUGGAGAUAAUCUGGGCCAGAUAGUCAUUCCUGAAUGUUGAUUUGUUUGUUUUGGGUUUAAUGCCGUUUUUUCAACAGUAUUCUUGAAUGUUGAGGAAUAUCAAAGUAAAAGUAUAAUCCCAGGACGCAUUGAGUACUUCAAACACAGCCAGAGACACACCCUGGAAAGUGAGUCACCCAGUAAUUGGCAAUAAUGGAAAUGUUAUAACACUGUUACUGGGAUUUCAGUUAGAAAAUCUGCUGAUUAUGACAUGACAUUAUUGAUAAUAAAUGAAUCAUUCAUUCAUGUGGUAAUGCACAAGAAGGGCAGCAAUGUUUAUUUUGAAUUUUGCGAUUUUUAUACUGUGACUUUAUAAAUGCACUGUAUGAAAUAAUACAUAAGAAUUAUACAUCAGAAUGGUU